AUGGCAAGUGAGGAUACAUUUGAGGUUGGUGAUAUGGACAGAUCAUUCAUAGUCAAUUUAAACCAAAGGACUUGUGAUUGUGGUGCCUUCCAAUUAGUUGGACUUCCUUGCAAACAUGCUGCACUUGGCAUUAUCUACAAAAGGGAAAAGUUGGAAGAUUACUGCGAUCAGUGGUUCUCCAAAGACAUUUACUUGAAGGCAUAUGCUUCUAUGAUUCACCCUACACCUCAUGAAAAGAGGUGGCCGCCUAUGGAUGAAGUUACCCCUAAGGUUGUAUUGCCCCCUCCUUUGAGAAGGGCUCCUGGUAGGCCAAGAGUUAACAGAAGAAGAGAAGCUGAUGAAGGACCUUCAUCUCAGCCAAAAAGGUCUAGUACCUUAAAGUGUGGAAAUUGGGGUCAGUUUGGAACAUGA